CGACAGUGGCAGCGACAAUAACGCGUCACGGACGCCGUCGUCGAGUCGACGCACGGUUCUCACGGUCCCGCACCCCAUCAAACGUAGCAGCAACUGUCCGCGCAGGCGCAGUACGAACCCUUAUCAUUAUCAUUGUUAUUGUUGUCGACCUGACACCAGGACAACGGCCGCCGCGCGACAAGUGUAACGAUCUUUUUCAAAUGUCUGUUAUCGCCGCUCGUCAUUUCGUCCGAUCUUCCUCCAACACGUUCGUUUCCCUUCGCACGGACCGUAUGUAUUCAAAUUUUAUCCGAUUAUCGCACUCGCAGAACAAUGUAAUGUUUCGUAUAAACACCGUUUUCGGACAACAAACGGCAUAACAUAGUAUCUAGAAUAUUCAUACUUACAUAGAUCUGCGGAUUAUUAAAAAUGUCCGAUUUUUCGCAAAUUCCUUCGUACUCCCAAUUCCGGGCCACGGAAACUUGGCAAUUGUUGGUAGACCAUUUCCGAAGCGGUAUGCCGCUGAAAUCACAUCGUUAUCAGUUGUGGUUCAGAGACAACUGUUUUGCAGGCGUUGAAGCUGUUGAUUGGAUGUACAACGAAGCGUCUACUGGUAAAUUACAGCACUUGUUUAACAAAGGGGUCACACGUCAACAGAUUGUAUCGUUGAUGAACAAGUUUUACGACGCUGGUAUUUUUAAAGCUGUCAGUACUACAUUACAAAAGUUUAAGGAUAAGUCAGAACUUUAUGAGUUUUCAUUACCAAAGAAUAAUAAUAAGACAAUAAACAAAGGAUCUGUAUUGUCAUCAUUAAAUUUAUUCAUAAUGAAUAAACCACAGUCUUUAUCUCCUCAGCUCAAAAAAAGUGAUAAAAAUAUUAAUCAUAGAAUGAAAUCGUACUCAAUGGAAAAUAUUGCAAUGAAUACAUAUUUGAAUGAGAACCAUAAAAUUGCUAACUUUAUCAUACAAAAUUUGCGGAAUAUUCUAAAAAGUUUCAAUAUGGAUGAUUUUUUAAAUAUUGAAAAUUUAAACAAACAAUGGAUAAUUAUGAACAUUUAUAAUCAUGAAUACAAUGUUGACGGUUUAUUUCCUCAUUGGGUAAAAUCUGCAAUGGAUAGCUUAACUUGUGAUAUGGAAAUAAAUGAAAACACUUAUCCAGGAUUUAAUGCUGAUGUUUAUUCAGUAAUUAAAGAUUAUUUUUUGAAUUCAGAAGAACCAUUAAUUCCUAUAUCUUUUUAUGAGAUAUUUAUAUCUAUUUUAGUAAUAGUAGAAAGACAUGACAAUAUGUGCAAUAAAAAAGCUCAGUUCACAGAAAACCAUACAAAUUAUAACACAACUCAAACAUCAAAUAUGUGCUGGGAAACUGAAUUUUCUUCUGAUCACGCAAAAACCUGUAUAGUAAAUAAAUGUUUUGAUAUUUCUGGGCAUCAUAUCUCAUCAUUAUCUAGGUCCUCUAUAAGUAGUUGUAGUAGUACAUCUUUUUUUGAAUCAUGUGAAGUUGAACUUAGUAAAAUGGAACACAAGCCUUUAAAUACUUCACAUAAAUAUUCCAAACCAAAAUUAUUUCGAACAACUAGUUCUCCAGAAAUUUCGGUAAAAUCACAAUCAUAUUAUCAGAAAAAUAUGGAAAAAAUAAAAAAAAAAAAAUUGAUGGGCCGAACUAUAUCCAAUAAUUCAAUACAUCCAAAGAAUUUAAAUGAACUAAAUGAUAGUGUUUAUUCAGAUGAAUAUGGAUUUAAAAAUAAACUAUUGGAUGACAAUGAUAAAUUUGUUCAUCCGUCUACUUCUGGAUAUAUUAAUUUUGGACUUUUUCAAUCCGAGCAAAUUAAAGAUCAAAUAAAUGGGUUUGAUAUAGAUAUGGCAAUUUCUACCCUCCAUAAAUUGAUGGAUUUUACACAAAUGGACCGACCACAAAAUCUCAAUCAUUAUUCAUUUAAUGAUUUGAAUGAAAAAUCAAUGCACCUAGGAAUUCUAUUGUAUCAAUUACUUAGUCUUUGUCUUCCACCAUUAAAUAGAGCUAAACUACAAGUAUUUUUAAAGUUUGUUUCUCAAUUACCAUCUACUUACGAUAAGAUAACUGAUAAAUUAUGUUGCGCAGUAUUAAGACAAAAUACUAAUCAAUUUGAGUAUGAUUGUUUAGCUACUGAUGUAGUCAAGUUUUUGCUGCAUAAUCAAAAACUAAUAUUUGUGCCGAUUAAAACUGAUUCAAUUUUAUCAGAAAAAUUUAAUUUUUUUGAUAGUGAUGAUAAUUUUUAUAAGGAUAAUAUGCAUUAUUGUCUUCGAAUAUCAGACCAGGAAUUUGAAAAACAAAGGAGUAUUGAAUCCAAAGAAGCUCUUAUUGAAUUGUUGGAUCAAAUCAUAAAUAGUUCAACCAUGUCCAGUAAAGAAAAGAGUAAACGUAUGAAAUUAUUUCAGAAAAUGUACCCAGAUGUAUAUGAAAGAAGAUUUGUCUUGCUAAAAGAACAUAAGAAACGAAAACCUGAAGAAAAUGGAAAUCUAAUUAAAAAUCUACGAAUUUAAUUGUGAAAUUGAAUACUGCUUAUUAUAAUUAAUGUUAUUUUAUUUAUCUUAAAAAAAUGUUUGUAUUUGAAUAGUUUAUAAAUUGUAAA